AUGGAGAAUAUAUUUGUGAUUCUUGAAAAUAAAAUCAAUGUUAUGCAAGAUAAAAUAGAGGAAUUCAUAAAUAUUUCAUUAAAUCCAGCAAUUGAAAGCACAAAGGCAAAGCUUCCAUCUGGUUCAGUGGCAAGAAAAGACAAAUUAGCUUAUUUAAAUGAUCUGACUAAAAAAUUUGAAGCUAUGAUUGAUAAAAUUUAGAGAACGACGAAUAACAGGCUUGACUUACAUGAAGAAUUUAAAUUUUUAAUUGAUCAGCCAUACGAUAAUUGCAAGCAGAAAAUAGAAGCUAUUGAAGAAUUUAAUAACUAGCUCGAACCACUUAAGGAUGAUCUCAUUUAAUUGGAUUAAAGCUUCAAAUAAUAAUUUGUAGGAUUUAUCUAGUUUAAAGAUGGAUCUGACAUGCUUAUUGAUUUUCAAAGUGCAUUAAAAUCGCUUGCUAUAGAUAUGCCUAAUGUCAUAUAAUCUAUAAAGCUAUUUGAAGAUCCCAUAAAGGAAUUCGACAGUUUCAUACAGUAAUCAAUUGUGGAUAAUAUCAAUUAUGAGGAAAGUGUUUCUAUCAAAUUGAAUGAAAUUAUUAAAAAAUGCUAUAAAAAAUACAAUAAAUUAGGCAAAAACGCCAACGAAGUAAAUUAAGCUUAUGAAGAGAUAAAUCAAUCGAAGGAAGAAAUUAUCAUGAACUAUCAAGAUUAAUUUUCUUUGAAUGAGUAAUUUAAUAAAGUGAUUGAUUUAGUUGGUAAAAGAGAUUUAUGCAAAGAAAAAUUUCUUAAAUUAAAGAAAAUUCUCACAGAUUUAAAAUAAGAGCUAGGAGAUAUGUAUAUUGGUACUAUUCAAAUAUCUCUAAAUUAAAAAAUCUAGAAAUUAAAACAUGAAGUAAAUGACAUAAUUGUUAAAAUAAGCACUAAAUAUCAAUCAAUUUCAGCUGAAUUACUAGAAUAAACUACAAGAGGUUCUGAAAAAUAUCACUAUCAGAACUAAUUUGAAAACUUAAAGAAAGCUUUAUAAAUACUUUAAGAAGAUAAUGACUAAUUUGGCUAAGAAUUAUCUACAUUAUAAUCAAUCAAAGAUAGCAGUAUCAGUAUAUUAUCAAGAUUUGUCUAAAAGCAAAAAGAAACUUGCAUCAGAUUACUCAAAACUGAUGGGGAGAUAACAUAGCUGAAUCUCCAAUUAUUCUAGGAAAAAAUUAUGCGUAAACAAGAUAACAUUGAUAUGAUGUUGAUUCAUAUCAGUUCUUAACUGGAUUUUUUAGGUCCCUAAGAAUUAGUCAAACUUCGAGCAUAAAAGCUCAGACAAAAACAAUCUGAUGUCAAAUACGAGGAAAUAAACAAAAAGUAUUUAAGCAUUCCUUUUAACAGUGAAGAUGAGGACUAGAAUCUCAUAGUGCUGAGUAAAAUAGUUACAGACAUGUAAAAAGCUCUUUAGCUUUCAAACAAUGUUUUGGAUGAAUAUAAAAGUAUACUUAGAUCGCUAAAACUAUUGAAAAUCCAGUAACUUCAUGAAGAAAGAAUUGAAGCUUUCAAUGAUGAGGCAUCUGAGAGAGGUAGAGCUGCUAGCGGAAGUAUUACUCCUGAAAAGGAGAUAAUCGUGGCUAAUGAAGCUUAUAAUUAGAUGUCUAACAUUAAGCCUAAAAUAUAAUCUUAAAAUGUAUCCAGAACGAGAAGUCCUAUAUAUCAAUCUUUAAUAAAGAGUUUUAAAUAGUAAACUGAUGAGACCGACUUACUUAUUAAUGAAUUUAUUUAAGCUAAUAAUGUGGCAAUGCCAAUAACAAAGAUCUAAGCUAAUGUCUACUAAUUUGGUUCUAGAAAAGUUACUACUAAAGUUAACAAUGGAGUUUUAUUAGUUAGAGUCGGAGGUGGCUAUAUGAGUAUGGCUAAUUUUUACUUUUAAUACGGAGAAACCUCUCAUGUAAAAUUAAUGAGGCAGGAUAAAAGCACAACUAAAACAUCUAUUAGUGGACUGCCAGGUAAUAGUUUCAUAAGAUAAACUACUAAAACGAGCCUUGGAACAGCAUCUCCAUCUUUUCAUACGACUCUUUAGCAUGGUACAUUGAAGAAAUUAAAUAUAGCAGCCUCUCCUAUUAAAAAUCCUAAAAUACCAAUCUUGUAAACUAAUCUACUCACUGGUAGGAGAACACAACUUGCCUAGAAAUAUGAAACAUAACAUUAUUCCGACAUAAAUAGCAAUAAUAGUAAUGGAAAAGUUUUAAGAAGAGUUAUCUAGAGUUAUACACCAAGAAUUUCUCCUUCCAGAGUUGAUUUAGAUUCAGACAUUCUAAUGAGUUAGGUUUUCCCACUGGAAACAAUUACAUCAAGGCUUGAUACAUCUUUUGAAAAUAGUGUUGAUGACUCAUAGCAAUCCUUCAACUCCUAGCAAUAAAUAUAUCAGUCAGGCAUGACCAAACAGAUUCAUUAGAAUGGUCAGAGUAAGAGAUUGCAGAAGAAACAUAAAUCAAGAAAAUUAUGA